CGACCAGCCGGUUGACCCAACAACCAGACCAUCUGCGACAACCCCCUCCACCUGAUCGUCUGGGGACCACCUCUGAUGCUUGUGAUAAAAUGUGACCACGGCAGGGAUUGGGACUUGUUCUUUAUCGUUUUAAUCCCCGAUGGAUUCCGGAUUUAGACUGGCUUGUUUACUGGCCGAGCACUGAGCAGACGGAGCAGUGGCACGAGGGGUCACCUCACAGGCUCACACAGGCGGGACAGGGACGCUGCGCAGCGUGUGGAAGAGAGGAAGUUCAUGCCUCAGGCUUACAGGCCAACAUCGUGUCCUCUCUCUCGCCUUCACGUGACUCCUAGUAUCUUUCUGUUUGGUGCCUGAGGCCCCAAGGCCAAUAUCUAGAACGUGCUUCAAGUUUUCCGUUCAGUUGAGAUGGCUUUUCCCUGAACUUCUGUUGUAACUUUUCUCCUUCCUCAAUUACUCAAUUACUCCCCUCGUCUUUCGUUUAGAUCAUGUUUCGCUCCCUUUCUUCAUUAUGCUUGCGUUGCGAAGCUCGUUUCCUUACCCAUAACGCGCAAUCCACCGUCCAGACACGAUGCGCGUCUCAACUCCAGAAGAAACGCCCAGCGCGAUUCGACCUCUCCAAAUCCGUCGCACGACCGACUCCAAAGUCAAAACCUUCUGCCGGUAAACCGCGCCGGAGACCCAAUCAUGGGCCCUUCGCCGCCAUGAACCAGACCAAACCCCCCAUCAUCCCGGCCGCUCGCGAACCCUCGCGGCCUGAACGACGACGGGUCAGUGGCAAAAGGGGAGCCCGAUCAACCGGACGGGCGGACGAUUUCAAGGCCUUGAAGAUGCAGCGCGCGCUCGCCAACGUCUCCUACGAGCGUCGAGCCGUGAUUAAAGACCAGAUCCGGGACAUUGGCUCCUUCGAAGAUUUCUCCCUGCUGCCGAUCAUCAAGGCGUCGGUCGGUUCUCAAGCGCUCUUGAGCAUGGAGGAUGCAUCACCGACUCCGAUCCAAAAGGUUGCCAUACCGGCAUUGCUCGGGUUAGAUGGGAAGAAGGCACGGAAUUUGAGCGAGUCACACGGCGUGGAGGAGUUUCUGCUUGCCGCAGAGACGGGCUCGGGAAAAACUCUAUCUUACCUUCUCCCCAUCAUCCACGCGAUCAAGGCCGCCGAGGCCCAGGAAGCAGUCAGGAAACAAACCGAGGCGGAGGAUAGGAAGAAGUCCGAAAACUACGACCCCUUUGCUCUGCCUUCGCCAGAGGAAUCUGCAGCAGGCCGCCCACGCGCCAUCAUUCUGCUUCCGACCGCGGAACUGGUCGACCAAGUGACGAGCGUCGCGAAAUCUCUAUGCCACACCAUCAAGUUCCGCGCCUCCGGUAUCUCCGCUGCGUACAGCGCCACGGUCAUUCGGAACCGGGUUUUCGCUCCCGGCGGCAUCGACAUCCUCAUUUCGACGCCUCAUCUUCUCUCCAGUAUCGUCGAAACCAAUCCGGAGAUCCUCAGCAAGGUCAAGCAUCUGGUGUUUGACGAGGCAGACUCGUUGAUGGAUAAGAGCUUCCUUCCCAUCACCCUUCCCAUUCUUGAGCGGUGUCGGCCUAGCCUCAAACAGCACAUUCUUUGCUCUGCAACUAUCCCGAGGGGCAUGGAUUCAUACCUGCGGCGACGAAUGCCGGACAUCCGUCGUCUUACGACUCCUAAUCUACAUGCUAUUCCAAGGCGCGUUCAACUCGGCGUGGUUGAGGUGUCGAAGGAGCCGUAUCAUGGCAAUAAGGAUCUGGCAUGCGCAGAUGCCAUUUGGAAUAUCGGGAAGUCAGCCGUCCGAGAAGAUUUCGAUGACGUAGGUGGUUCGAAAUUGCUCAAGGUAAUCGUCUUCGUCAAUGAGCGCGAGCAGACCGUGGAACUCGCGAAAUACCUCGGAACCAAGGGAAUUGAUGCUGUCGCACUCAAUCGAGAUGCGCCCGAGAUGCGUGGUGGGGCCGUCCUGUCCGAGUUCACUACCGAAAAGCCUGGCCAGACUACCUCAGCGAAAGAUUACGAUGAACCCGCCGGGUCUACUAGCGUGGUUCCAAAGCUGGAGUUCAAUUCGCGUGGAGUGUCGAAGACGCUAUCGAAUGUGAAGGUUCUAGUGGUCACGGAUAUUGCCUCACGUGGUAUUGACACGACCGCCGUUCGCAACGUCAUCCUGUACGAUGUACCGCACACGACUAUCGAUUUUAUCCAUCGCCUGGGCAGAAUCGGAAGAAUGGGGCGACGGGGACGCGGCGUGGUCUUGGUUGGCAAAGGGGAUCGGCGAGAUGUCGUGAAGGAAGUCCGCGAAGGAAUGUUCCGCGGACAGGCGUUGAUUUAAUUCCUUAUUAAAUGUCGUGAGAUACCCCAUAGAUAUACUAGAACUCCACUUCGUUUCAAAUGCGCUUCAUAUUGCUGCUCAAAAUCUACCUUCAGAGCCGGCCUUCCUGUUUCAGUCCGUUGU